UCUACAAGCAGUCAUUGGUCGCAGCUGGUUGCCUGUCUGCUGUGGCUCGGAAGUGGAGUCAGGUGCCGUCAUCCCCGGCUGCUGGAGAGCUGAAAAAUCAUUUUAGAGGAGAACUUUAAGCUUCUAAGAACUUACAGAAAUAAACUGGAAAUCGCCUGGAGCCGAACUAAGAAGAGACAUGCAGAACGAUUUGGUUCCCACCGGUGACACUAAACUGGACCAGGCUGUCCAGCUAUGGUUGCAGUAUGACAAGAACCCUAAAACGGUUAAGAUGGUGAAGGACCUGCUGCAGGACGGGGCUGUGGAGGCUUUGAAGAAAUGCUUCUCUUCCAGGAUGGAGUUUGGCACCGCCGGGCUGAGAGCAGCCAUGGGCCCCGGCACAUCCUGUAUGAAUGACCUCACUAUCAUCCAGACCACGCAGGGUUUCUGCUGUUAUCUGGAGCAGACUUUUGGGGACCUGAAGGAGCGAGGGGUGGUGAUUGGUUACGAUGCGCGGGCCCACCCUCCCAGUGGAGGCAGCAGCAAGCGAUUUGCCAGUCUGGCUGCUGCAGUGUUCACAAGCAGAGGAGUCCCGGUUCAUCUCUUCUCUGACAUCACCCCAACACCCUUUGUGCCUUUUACAGUUUCCCACCUGAGUUUGUGUGCAGGCAUCAUGAUAACUGCUUCUCACAACCCCAAACAGGACAACGGCUACAAGGUUUAUUGGGAAAAUGGGGCGCAGAUUGUGUCUCCUCAUGACAAAGGAAUCUCUAAAGCCAUAGAAGGAAACUUAGAACCCUGGCCAGAGUCCUGGAACGCAGAAGAGGCACUUAAAAGCCCUUUGCUCAAAGACCCCUAUCAAGAUGUCCACACGCAAUACUUCAAAGCCAUCCAGAAACUCUGUCAUUACAGGGACAUAAACAAGAGCUCAAAAGUGAAAAUAGUGCACACGUCUGUGCACGGCGUUGGUCACUCUUUUGUCCAGUCAGCAUUCAAGGCCUUUGACCUGCCUCCUCCAUAUGCUGUGGAGGAACAGAAGGAUCCCGACCCCGAAUUUCCCACUGUCAAAUACCCCAAUCCGGAGGAAGGAGAGGGAGUUUUGACGUUGUCGUUUGCACUUGCAGAGAAGGAGGGGGCCUCUGUGGUGUUGGCAAAUGACCCAGAUGCUGAUCGACUGGCUGUUGCUGAAAAACAAGAGAGUGGGCUGUGGCGAGUCUUCAGCGGUAAUGAGUUGGGAGCGCUGCUUGGUUGGUGGUUAUUCAGCUGCUGGAAACAGCAGAACCCUGACGCUGCUGUCUUGAAAAAGAUCUACAUGUUAUCAAGCACGGUCUCAUCCAAAAUACUGAGAGCAAUUGCUCUGAAGGAGGGCUUUCACUUUGAGGAAACGCUAACCGGGUUCAAGUGGAUGGGAAACCGAGCCAAAGAUCUCAUAGACCAGGGCAACACAGUCUUGUUUGCUUUUGAAGAAGCUAUAGGCUACAUGUGUUGUAAGUCUGUCCUGGAUAAAGAUGGAGUCAGUGCUGCAGCAAUAGCAGGAGAGAUGGUUUCCUUUCUGGCCACUAAGAACAAAAGUCUAUCCCAGAAGCUCUCCGCCAUCUAUGAAGAGUAUGGCUACCACAUCAGCAAAAACUCCUACUUUAUCUGCCACGAUCAGAAAGUCAUCCACAGUCUGUUUGAACGUCUGCGCAACUUCAGCGGCAAACCUGACUCUUACCCCACAGAAUGUGGCCGCUUCUGCAUCUCUGCUGUCCGAGACCUGACCACCGGCUACGAUAGCAACCAACCUGACAACAAAGCUGUUCUUCCAACCUCUCGCUCCAGUCAGAUGAUCACGUUUACUUUCUCUAAUGGGUGUGUAGCCACCAUGAGAACCAGUGGGACAGAGCCAAAAAUCAAAUACUACACGGAACUAUGCGCUGCUCCUGGUAACAGUGAUGUGACUCACCUAAAGAAGGAGCUGGAUGACUUGGUUGAGGCCAUCAUUGAGAACUUCUUUGAACCAACAAAGAAUAAACUGCAGCCCAAGCCUGAAUAAUACUCAAAAAGGGAACACACUGGGAUAUGUUUAUAUUUCUGAAGCAUUCUUUUACAUAAUGUCUUACUAAGGAGAUUCUAUUCAGCUUAGACGUACAUUUUUUAAUUGUCACAGUAUGUCCUCCACCGUAUAUAUUCCAAACAUUUGGCAGCCGGCCCGGGGUCUAUUAGAGACAUGCGUCUAUUGGAAACGGGUGUUGUGCCAAGAUAUGUUUACCCUGCCAGAACUUUUUCCCUUGUGUCACGACUUCUGGCAUUGAUUUGUUUCGUAGCACUCAGAUUUUGCCCCAAACGGCGUAAAAAGAAGGUGGAUGUUGGCUAUAUACUUUAUUCUGGGGCUUGUAGGAAUUUGCUGUCAUAUUUGACUUUUUUUCCCUACAUAUUUUACUGAAAACAGGGGGGCACAGAUUCUGUCAGGCCGCUGAUCCAACCUGCCAGAAUCUGUGCCCCCUAAUAAUUUGGAGUAGAAGCAACAACCGUUUAAUUGUUUGUUGUUAAAUACUUCCUUAAGAAAGUCCCUUUCAUAAAUUGAGUUUUUAUUCUAAACUAGCCAAACAUAAGUUUUUCUUUAGAGACUGGCAAUCCAAAGUAUAGAGCACCUGUUAGACCCGGUGUUUAUUGGAGAUCGAUGUCUUGGAGACCGGCCACUUUUGGAAAAUAUACAGUAUUCAUUUUUACAUAUUAAUAUACAAAUAAUAAAAAAUGUAAUAUUAUAUAUUUAAGUUUUACAAAGAUAAAAAUUAUUUUUGCCAGCAGUUUUUUUCUUUUAUUCACUACUCUCAAAAAUAAGGAUUUAUUUUUCUGAUUUCACAAGAAAUUCUUGGAUUUAUCUUUACAGCUGAUCUUAAGUUGUUUCCUAAUAUCUAAAUGUUUAUGUUCUACUGAUGAAUGCUGGAGAAACAACACACUGUUCUGUGACAGGGAUUAACAAAAAAGAGAAAAAUCACAAAUCUGUAAACCAGGAAUCCAUAACUUUUGGUGAAACUCAUUGGCUGACUUUCAAACAGCAUGCAGUCGAGAUGUAAGUGAUGUUUAGGGAUCACCAUAAGUUACUAAUUGCUGUACAUUUGUUCUUUGUUUAGAUUGUUGGAGGUAACAAAACCUGCUAAUCCUGAUUCCAUAUAAACACUGUGACUUUAUUUUAUUUUUUAUUGUCGUUUUUUAAUCUUAGAAAAAAGACCAACUACAUGUGCAACUUGCCAUUUCAACAAUGUCAAUUCUUUGUUUCUAGUUUUUUUGUUUUUCUCAUAUACAUUUUUUCUUAACUUUGGGUUCAGCGUUAAGUGUAAGACAUUUAUGGAGAGUUGUAAAUGCUGAUGCUGUUACAGAAUUCUGAAAAACUUGACAUUGGAAGGGCUUUAAAACUUUAAAAGUAUAACUUUGUAAGAUACACUUUUUUCCCCCUUAUCAAAGGUCUUUCCACUCUUUGAAUCUUAAUGCAAAUCCUGAGAUCAUCAUGAUCAUGUCUCAAUUUAUAAAUACCCUUUUAUGUUCCAGUAUGACUCUUGACUUCGUGUUACUGGGGCGCCAUGCUACUACUGUGAUGAAGCCCAUUAUUCUCCUCUGAAUAAAACCAUUUCUGACGGUUGA